AUGACUUCUUCUGCAGAUAAAUCGGUCUGUGUCACAGGUGCAAGCGGUUACAUCGGAUGCUGGCUCGUAAAGUACCUUCUAGAGCAGGGAUACACCGUUCACGCCACAGUUCGGGACUUGAACCGGAAAACAGAGCCCCUGAAGAGGCUCGCAGAGGAGCACGCUUCGCAGGGCGGACAACUCGUCCUUCACCAAGCGAACCUGCUGGACGCGGAAAGCUUCAAUGAACCAAUCAAGCAGUGCUCAGUGGUCUACCAUACUGCGUCACCUUUCCAAAUCAGCAAGUCUCGAGAAAGUGGUCAGAAACGCUUUAUCGACCCGGCUGUCCGGGGAACGGAGAACGUGUUGCGUGCUUGUUUGCGGCCUGAGACGCGCCGGACUCUCCGUCGCGUUGUGGUGACGUCGUCCAUCGCUGCCGUCACCGGCUUCUAUGAUCAGAAGCACGGCAACCCGGUGCCUACCUAUGACGAGACCGACUGGAACACCACAUCAACGCCGCAGAAUGAUCCGUACAGCUUCAGCAAGACGGCAGCAGAGCGGCGCGCUUGGGAACUCGCGCAUGCCCCUGAGAACCGGGACAAGAGCUGGGACUUGGUCACCAUCCUGCCGGGAUUCGUCCUGGGGCCUUCGUUAACCACGGAGACCGAGUCCGGUUCAGUCGAGUUCAUGCGAGAGCUGCUUGGCGGCCGCUUGGCAUUGGGUGUGCCCGCCUGGCAGCAGUCCAUCGUGGACGUUCGGGACGUUGCGCUGGCGCAUCUCCGUGCUGGCAGCGAUAAGAAGCGCGUCCCCAGUGGCCGGUAUAUUGUCGUUGCUGGGUACAAGUCCAUUCUGGAAGUGGCGUCUGCGGUGCGAGCCGAAUGGGGUCAGCGCUUCCGAUUACCACAACGAGAGCUUCCCAAGUGGCUCAUGUACUUGGCGGGUCCAUUUAUCGGACUGCCGUGGGAGAUGAUUCGUCAUCGAGUUGGUAUUCCGAUUUGCUUCAAUGUCGCGAAAUCGAAGACGCUUCUUGGCAUGGAGUAUCGCGGUGUCGAUCUGACGAUUCGAGAGCAUGUUCAGCAGAUGAUUGCGGAUGGCCUGGUUCCGUUGCAGCGCUAG